AUGCAGACGUCAAAGACACCCAUUGAGCAAGCUAUUGAUGCCUUUCGGUCCCAGCUACUCCUUCCGCCAGAACAACAACUCUCUAUUCGACAAAUUGCCACACAAUUCCAGGUUCCACACACCACUCUCAACGCUAGAGCUCUCCAUGGCAGAGGUGAUCGCCAUACAUCUGCUGCUCAUCUUCAAUCACUCACACCCCCAGAGGAGCUCGAGCUUGUUGCAGAAGCACUUCGCCGGAAUCGCCUCACCCUGCAAGCAACCGAGACCGACUUUCCCAUUCCCCCUCUCGGUCAUAACUGGAUCUCCAAGUUCCGAAAGCGUCAUCCUAGUGUCAAUAGUGUUUGGACCCGUCAGAUAGACCGAUCUCGGAUUGAAGGGGUUCAAGCCAAUAAUAUUAUUCCAUGGUUUGCGGAAAUUGGGUCUUUGAUGGAGGAGCACAAGUAUAAGUCGUCUAAUGUCUUCAAUAUGGAUGAGACAGGGUUUGGAAUAGGCACAACACAGUCGAGACGUGUUCUUGUGGUUAUUGAGAAGGGAGAGGUUAGAGGGAAGGCAACAAAAGCAAUGCCUGGAAGACAGGAGUGGGUGACCUUGAUUGAGUGUAUCUCAGCGGACGGAAUUGCCCUUCCGCCGCUAGUGAUCUUCAGAGGAGAAGCAGGCUUGAACUCAGGAUGGCUUCCGACCGAACAGAUCGCUGGAACUGAGGAUUGGAGAUGGAGCGCAAGCAAGACUGGCUGGUCAAACAACACAAUGGCGCUGGAAUGGUUGGAACGAGUGUUCAUACCCAUCACCUCACCCCCUCUUCCCCUGGAUCCCUCCUCCGGUCUUCCUCUUGAACGUCGACUUCUCAUCCUUGAUGGCCAUGGUAGCCAUGUACAAGCUCGAUUCAUCGCCCUCUGUAUCCAGAAUUCCAUCGAUCUUGUCGUUCUUCCUUCACAUUCAUCUCAUGCAACUCAACCACUCGAUAAGGCUGUAUUUGGACCGUUCAAGCAAGCCCUGUGUGAUCAGACGGAUAUGUAUAGUCGGCAGAAUCGAGGUGCUGUCCAUAAGGGUCGAUGGGCUGAUGGACUGGUCCUGGCACGAUCUGCAGCGAUGACUUCAAAGAAUAUCAAAGCCGGAUUUCGAGAAACAGGCCUGUGGCCGUUCAGUCCUUCUCACGCUUUUCCUGACAUUUACAACAUGCUUCCAUCUAUCCCUUCUACUCCACACCACUCUCGCACCCUUUCCCGGACUCCCCACACUUCCAUUGCUCUAGAUAACUCGGAAUUCAUGCGCCAGCACGAAGCUAUCCUACAAACACCAAUCAAGAAACAUGUGACAAGCUUGGUGCAGGCGUUGGCGGAAGGAGAGGCAGCGAAGGCUAAAGUUGUGAUCUUGGAGAAGGAGAUUAAGGAACUGGAGGCUGCACAGAAGUUGGCAAGGAAGCAGAAGCGAGGGGUAACGGUGAAGGACAUGAAGACACAUGUAUUCACUCAGACGGAGGUGCUGGAGGCGAUCAAGGGAAUAGAGGCAGAUCGGGCCGCUAAGAAGAGGAAGGGUAAAGGGAAAGCGGUUCCGGAGGAGACCGAAGAUGCCAUGGAAGACAAUCCUUUUGUCUCAAGUGCUUAG